AUGUCGGCUGGGGAAAGCACCUACGCCGAACCUGCACUGGAUCACGAGGAGCACAUUGCUGCCGGGGAAAUCGAUUCCGAGGAAACUCUUGAGGAUGAAGGCCGUUUCCAUAGAGAAGCUAGUGUGACCUCGUCUAGUGUCAGCCUCUCUGACUGUAUCUAUAACUACCGCCAAGAAAACGGGCGAACCUACCAUGCAUACAAAGACGGCAAAUACACUCUACCGAAUGACGAUAUAGAGAACGACCGGUUGGACUUGCAACACAAUUUGUUUCUAAUCACUUUCGAUGACCGGCUAGGGAACGCACCGCCCAACGAUAAAGGUGCCCAAGUUGGACGCGUGCUCGAUGUGGGCACCGGCACCGGCAUCUGGGCAUGUGAGUUUGGCGAUGAGCACCCGGAGGCAGACGUGAUAGGCUUCGACCUAUCAGCAACAUUCACAACAUAUAACCCACCAAACGUUAGGUUUGAGGUCGACGACCUAGAGGAGCCCUGGACGUACGGAAUGUUCGACUACAUUCACAGCCGAAUGAUGAAUGGCCGUAUUGCGAAUUGGGACGCAUAUGCGAGGAAGUGCUUUGACAACCUAAACCCCGGUGGCUGGGUCGAGAUUAACGAGAUCGCCCUGAUGCCGAAAACCGAUGAUGGCACGCUGAAAGAAGACGCUAUGAUUUUCAAAAUAGCCAAGUUGGUUAGAGAGGCCACAAUUUUGUUCGGCCGCGUGGCCACCGAUAUGGAAGACAUCAAGCAGGUCCUGACCAGAGCGGGGUUUGUCGAUGUCAAAGUUCUGAAGUUGAAGUGGCCCACGAAUCCAUGGCCGAGGGAGGACAGAAAUAGGGAGAUUGGCCUGUGGGCUCAUGAGAAUAUCGUGACCGGCUGGGAUGGACCAUGCCUCGCUACGCUGACUAGAGCUCAUGGAUGGACAAAAGAGGAGGUAAUGGAUGCGACCACGCGCUGCCGGGAAGAAUUUGAGGAUAGAAGCAUUCACGCUUACUACCCUGUGUACUCGGCCUAUGGCAGGAAACCUACAGAGGCCGAAGCGGCUGCCGGUGCAUAUGAUGCGUACAUGGGAUGCUCAGAUUACGAGGAGGAAUAUCCGUAA